AUGGAGACGGCAGCGUCGAAAAAAAUAGAGCGGCAUGUACUAAAGGCGGUCAAGACAUUGAAUCGGGCUUGCUUUCAUAACGGAGUAGAUGAAAAGGCAAUACUUGGCCGAGUUAGGAGGCAAAUGAGAAACCUGGCACCUGUAAGGAAUGUCGGGCGAUUAGUUCGUCAGUCCUUACAAAAACUGAUUGAUGAUGGUCUCGUUCAUCGAAUAACUGCCGAGAAUGUUUUUGUGUCCAGCUCUUCUACGAAGAGACAUAGCAUUAAAUCUCAAAAAAGCAGUUCGUCUCAAUUGGAUCCCAAUAAACCGCGCACUGAGUGCAUUAGCGAAGAAUCUCUAUCCGGAGACGAGUUCGAACGAACGCGAAAACGGCUACAAAGUAAUAAUAGAAAAAUUACAUAUGUUGGUAGGCCGGUGCCGCUUCCCAAAAAGCGGGAACAUAUCAGAAAACUUAACGAAAGUGUAAACACUUUGACAAAAUCCGUGGAUGCACCCAAUGAUUGUAUUCUGCUCGUUGAGGAUAUUUAGCUGCAGAAAGCAAGAUUUGCCGAACAAAAAAAAAAGAAAGUCAAUAUAAACAGAUGAUGACGUCCAGUUUCUGUCAAAAUUUCAACUUUGAAACAAUAAAUUUUUAGUUUUUUUAUUUU